UGGCAGUUUUACAUGAUAUUGACAGAUAUAAUUCGAAUAAAAAAACACCGAAUGGAAGCACGAAUUACUUGGCAAAUGCGGAUAAUUAUAGCGAUACAAUGUCGUCCGACAGCGAAGAUAUAAGGGAGGAGUUGAGGAAUAUCGAGAGCGUGAUUACUUUGACCAGGAACAAUAUCGAUGCGCUGAACGAGAAAUUUGCUUGCUUUCAGAAUCCGCCGUCGAUGUAUUUGCAGGAAUACGAACAUCUGACAUCGAAACUACAUGAUUUGUUGGCACAGAAGAACAGAUUGAGGGACCAGUUGAGCGGCGGCAGAGACAGUCCCGACGACGCGACCGAUUCCCAAUAUCAUCCUUCAUAUCAAGAAGUUAAAUAUGACACGCUGACAAGAACGAAAUUCCUGCGGGCCCAUUUGCCGAACCAGCAGCGAACCAGUGUACAAGUGCGCGAGGGCCUCACUCUCAGGGACGCCCUGGCCAAAGCCAUGAAACUGAGAAACCUGAUAUGUGAAAUGUGCAGCGUUUAUUUGGGGGGCACCGAUAUCGUCGUUAACUGGGACACCGACAUAAGCACGUUGAAUUGUGAGGAAAUCACUGUUAAAAUUUUAGACAAAUUCCCAAUACACACCAGUAUUUCACACAAUUUUGUCCGGAAGACAUUUUUCUCAUUAGUGUUCUGUGAAUGUUGCCGGAGACUUUUGUUUCAAGGAUUUUCAUGUAGGACUUGUGGAUAUAAAUUUCACCAAAGAUGUGCUUCUGGAGUACCUGCAUUGUGUCAUCAAGACAACUUGUCGUUGAUCUACGAGCGCAUAUUGUGCGACAGAGAGUCGGUGGCGGGGAUACUGCAUCCGGGUAGGGCCCAGACCAAGGCCGAGCCGGACGACAUUGAGUUUCGUCCUCACGGUACCCUCGGACGCCAGGACCGGUCAAGUUCCGCGCCGAAUGUGUGCAUAAACAACGUCAACGUGAAGCAGACUGCGGGCGAGGAGAUGCCGCCGCGGAUCCGUCCGACGCUUCCGCGACUGGAUCUCUCCGAGGUGCACACGGUGAACCAGGAGUCGAGGGUGACAAACCAGCUGUCGCCGACCAGUUCGGCGCACCCGAAACGACCCAGGGCCCGUUCGGCCGACGAAACCCGACCGCUGUUGACGACGAGGGAGAGCAUCGAGGACUGGGAGAUACCUGCCGACGAGAUACUAGUGGGGUCUCGGGUGGGGUCGGGCUCCUUUGGGACCGUCUACAAGGCCCACUGGCACGGCCCGGUGGCCGUCAAAACGUUGAACGUCAAAAUACCGACCGUUGCGCAGCUGCAGGCGUUCAAAAACGAAGUGGCAGUUCUGCGUAAGACUCGUCACGUUAACAUACUUUUGUUCAUGGGCUGCGUCAGCAAGCCGAAGCUGGCGAUCGUGACGCAGUGGUGCGAGAGUUCAAGCCUGUACAAACACCUUCACGUGCACGAAACCAAGUUUGCCAUAUUCACACUGAUAGAGAUUGCGAGGCAAGUUGCUCAAGGCAUGGACUAUUUACACGCCAAAAACAUUAUACAUCGCGACCUGAAGUCCAACAACAUUUUCUUGCACGACGAUCUGACCGUGAAGAUUGGUGACUUCGGAUUGGCCACGGCCAAAACGAGGUACUCUGGCUCGCAACAGUUCCAACAGCCAACCGGCUCGAUUUUGUGGAUGGCUCCGGAGGUGAUACGGAUGGAGGGAGAGAAUCCGUAUAGUUUUCAAUCAGAUGUUUACGCUUAUGGAAUAGUGUCCUAUGAACUAUUAGCUGGACAUUUGCCUUAUUCUCAUAUUAGUAAUAAAGAUCAAAUUUUGUACAGGGUCGGACGUGGUUUUCUCAAACCCGACCUUAGCAAAUUGAGGUCUGACACACCGAAAGUUAUAAAAAGACUUUUAAUCGACUGCAUUAAAUUUAAUCGUAUGGAAAGACCGUUAUUCAAAGUUAUCCUGGCAACUAUAGAAAACUUCUUGAGCAACCACCCCAAGAUUAAUAGAUCACACUCAGAACCAAACAUGAACAGAACUAAUCUACAGGACGAUUUUACCUAUUCGACUAUACCGAAACUUCCGGUGGCCUUUGAUUCGUCCUCUAAUUUUCUAUAUAAUUUGAGGGCUGGGAACAUAUAGCAGUCGGCGAAGAAGAGACGGAGCAGGUUUAAACGCGGGGAACAAAAUCACUAAAGCAAUUGUUGUUUAUAUUGUAUAGUUUUUUUUAUGGAAAAGAUUGUGAAAUAUUGCAUAUAAAUAAUUUUAGUCGCUACUAGUAAGUUAUUAUGUAUUGUAUAUUUAUAUUUGAUUUGUUUUUUACUAAAUAAAGGUCAUCAUACAUAUUUUAA